AUGCUGAGGAUCUCUAUCAUCCCAGACACGAAUGUUUUCAUAUCGCAUCUGGACAUGAUCAAGGGACUCUAUGAGGACGAGUUUCCUGUGGAUGUGUUUAUGUCCAUAUCAAGAGUUGUUCUGAGAGAGCUAGACUACAAUAAAGGCAAGAUGGUGGAGGCUAGAGAGGCCAUAAGAUUUCUUGAGAAGGUGUACAACGCCCCGAUAACAGAACUAGAGGGGAAGCUGAGGGAUAAUGCGAUGGAUGUUGUGGACUCUGCCAAGCUGAUACCAAAUGCGAAGAACAACGACGACGAGAUCUUGAACUUUGCAUCCAGGCAGGCCCAUCCUGUCAUUCUGACUAGCGACAAGGCUUUUUAUCUCAAAUCCAAAUGCUACAACGUCGAGUCCAUUCUUGUGCACAACCUAGCAUAUGAAGAUCUUAAACUUAGGAUUCUGAAGAUUUACACCGGAGUAGAGCCUAUGGAUAUUGACGAGGACUGCAGCAAGCUGGACAACGAUGAGAAAACAAAGGAGCAGAUCAGGGACAAGCUUUUUCCUGUGGUUCUGGCAAUAAUGGAGAAGGGCAUUGGCAAGCCGUACAUCCUUUUCUUUCCAAACGAUUUGAAGAUGAUAACCCUUGACUUUUUAUUAGGUUUGAUAAUUAAGGAGAACUACCUGUUCCGUCCCUAUCUGCCAAGAAAGUCAAAGGAGAUAGUCCAGAACCUGAGGGCAAAGAUCAAAAGCGCACGAGGAGAGGAACUCCAUUCUCUGGGUUCUGAACUCCUGAUGCUAUUUAGGAUUGUGUACUAA